AUGGUUGAGCGGUUUGAGAGCAAUAUACCCGUACGAUCGAAGCGCAACGGCCGCCACAGCCUGAAGAUGACCAUGCCUGACGAUGAAUCCCUAGACAGCUCAGACGGGGCCAUCACGCCGUCGCCGGUACGGUCAGGAAUAGAAGGGCUUCCAGCAGGCCGGUUGAGCGUCAAGUCGAGGAUGGGGAGGAAGCUCUCGUCGCCAAUGGCACCGCCGUUCAUGGUGUCGGCGCCCGGCAAGGUCAUUGUGUUUGGAGAACACGCUGUCGUGCAUGGGAGGAAGGCAAUGGCUGCGGCCAUAUCUCUACGGUCCUAUCUGCUGGUCACGACGCUGUCGAAGUCGCAUCGUACGGUUACGCUCAAUUUCAGGGAUAUCGGGCUGGAUUUUACGUGGGAUAUCGACUCGUUGCCGUGGGACGUCUUCCACCACCCGUCGAAGAAGAAGUUCUACUAUGACUCCGUCACGGAGCUUGAUCCGGAGCUGCUCGAAGCUCUGAAGCCUCACGUCGCGAUGGUGUCGAUGGACGAACCGGAGGAAGUGCGGAAGAUACACCACCAUUCUGCCAACCAAUUCCUCUACCUCUUCCUCUCGCUCGGGUCGCCAAAGACGCACGCCGCCAUCUAUACGCUUCGAUCGACGAUACCGGUGGGAGCCGGCCUGGGAAGCAGUGCGAGUGUCUCUGUGUGUCUGAGCACUGCGCUGCUGCUGCAGGUUCGCAUCUUGGCCGGACCACACCAGGACCAGCCGCCGGACGAGGCGGAGGUACAGCUCGAGCGCAUCAACCGGUGGGCGUUUGUGGGCGAGCUGUGCAUACACGGCAACCCGAGCGGCGUCGACAAUACGGUGUCUACCGGCGGCAAGGCAGUGAUAUUCCGGAGAGGAGACUACUCCAAACCACCGACCGUGAUUCCUAUCCUAGAUUUCCCCGAGAUGCGGCUCCUCCUGAUCAAUUCUCGCCAGCCUCGAUCCACGGCCGUAGAGGUCGCAAAAGUCGGCGCCUUGAAGAAAGCGCAUCCUGCCAUUACGGAGUCGGUCUUGGACAGCAUCGGACAGCUUACCGAGAACGCCCACCGCAUCAUCAUGUCGGACGACUUCGACGAAAACUGCCAUGAUACGAUCGAUCACUUUGGACAGCUGUUCCGCAUAAACCACGGCUUGCUCGUCUCCCUGGGCGUCUCCCACCCUCGCCUAGAGCGCAUCCGAGAGCUGGUAGACCAUGCAGAUAUCGGCUGGACCAAGCUGACGGGAGCCGGCGGAGGUGGCUGCACCAUAACAUUGCUCAAGGGCAACCGAAACGAGGCCGCCAUCGAGCAUAUGGAAGAGCAGCUUGAUGACGAGGGCUUUGAGCGCUACGAGACCUCUCUGGGCGGAGACGGAGUAGGCGUCCUCUGGCCCGCCGUCCUCCAGAACGGCACCGACGAAGAAGGCGGCGAGGAGAUAGACCAGCUGAAGUUCGAGAACGCCGUUGGCAUCGAUGGCAUCGAACAGCUGGUCGGGGUCGGCGGGCCAGAGAAGAGGGAAGGCUGGAAGUUUUGGAGACGCGGAACUUCGACCUGA